AUGCAGGUGAGCUUGGAAAGUUCUGGAAUGGAAACAAGCGGAACACGUGCUGAAGCGAGUGUCAUUGUUAGAGUCUCCAAAACUAGUGCUUAUCAUAAAAACGCUGAAGCAUCUUCACUAGCUGGCUACACCAAGACUGGAGCAAUAACCCCCGAGGAAGAAGCUACUGCCAUAAUGACUGUUAAACCGCCCAAUAACAGAGGAGAAAUUAAAUCGUCUAGCACUAUUUACAGACCGGUUACGUUCAGUAGAGAAACUUCUAGGGAAUACACUACAGCUCCUAUUUUUGAUUUGGGCAAAACAGGCUUUGAAACGAAGAGGACUGAAAGCAAGAGUACAUCGACUUUGUUACUGAAUGAUAUUAGUGGAUCAACUUUAACGAAAAUAAGACCCGCAGUCUCUUUGAAGACCACCGCGCAACCUGCUAACAUGCUCGAAACUUCCGCCGAAACAUCGACUAUGCUUACAACUGCAGCCCAACGUAGAAGAAUAGGUAACUUGAAGAGAAUCACCACAAGUUAUAGGUCAAAGAGCACCAGAUCGAUAAAAAGGACUAAAGGCAAUGCAAAAUCCUCUGGUCGAUCAAAGAAACGGUAUCCGAAAACACAAUUUCGGGAUGUAAGAAAAACGGUGCAUCGUGGGAAUGUAGGAAAACCGCGAAAAUCGAAGAAAUCUAAGGGGCGUAGGAGGAGGUCAUUAUUUCACUUUAGAGACAAUCUUAUGCCAUUACCAAUGAAUUCUAGAGCGUAGUAACCGUAUCGUAAUUUUUGGAGAUAAGCUUGCAGUUCCAAGCAAAGCUAAAUUUUCUAUCCUUAUGUUUAUGCGAUGG